AUGUCCACACUGCCGUCUAGCUCGCUGGCAGAAAGGCAGAGCCAGAAGGAAUACCGCCACACUCGCUUCCAGGGCCGAUGCUCUGAGUCUUUAAAAGCAAAGCCAUGGUGUCUGUGGUCUGAUUCGGGUUUGAACUGGAAACUGUCUACGUUUCAAACACCCAAGUCCAUGAGGAAAUCCUUGAAGGAGAAAGUUUAUCCAAAAUGGGAAAAGCACAAGUUCAAAUCAGGAUGUUUGUCUGUGUUUUGUGCCACAGGAGAGAACACAGAUUCUCAAGGAAGUUUCCAGCAUCCUGAUGGUCAAAAGGUUGUUUCCCAGCCCCAGGUGCCAGUGAUUCCCAGAUCACGAAAUAAUUCUGAGGGUUCCACUGUUUCAGUCAAGGAGGAUGAGGAGGAGUCCACUGAUGAGGCAGAUAAAAAAUCUUCCCAAAGCUCAGCACAGAAGGAAACGCCAGGAGACGGGAAAGAGAACACAAGGAGCUCAGGGUUUGGCUGGUUCAGCUGGUUUCGCUCGAAGCCCACCAACAGUGCCUGCGUGUCUGGAGAAGACUCAUCGGACAGAGUCGACUCUGAGGAGACCUCCAGAGCCUCUUCUCCCCCUGAGGCUGGCCCUGGCUUCACACCGACUUCUCUCCCAGAGCCCCAGUCUCUGCCAGGUGCCAGCAUCUUGUCCGGGGCCACAGAUGAGGGCGAAGUCCGAGGAUUGGCGUCUGGUGGGGGAGCAGCCGAGGGCGCUGGGAGUGGAGGCCUGUCUGGGCCUGAGACUGUUUCCUCUGAACUUUACUUCAACCCUGGUGUUCUGCUUCCCCCAACCCCCUUGAAAGGAAGUGUUCCUCUCUACAACCCAUCUCAGGUCCACCAGCUCUCCUUGGCUACUAGCCUGAACCGACCGAGUCGCCUCGCUCAGCGCCGCUAUCCAACCCAGAAAUUAUGAGAAUAGCCACCCAUCCCAGGCUGGUCUCCUUCCUUGAUUUCUGGCCCCUCUGCCAUAUUGGGACCCCCAACAGGGUUGUGCUGGCCUAUUGCUUCCACUGGGAAGCAACAGGCUCUUCCAGGACACAGCUCAGUCCAGUCUCUGAACAGUAGCUUCAGAGUGAUGGCUAGUACCGCGUCGUAUGGAAAAGCUGGGAAGGACAGCAGACUGGAGGUGAGCAGGGUGCCAUGGCGGGAGCGUUCAAGAUGGUGCCUUCAGAUCCUCAGGAGAGUCAAGCCGAAGAACCCCUCGGCUGGAAUCAAGGCAAAUCUGCUGGGCUCUAUGGCAGGAAAUUAUUUGGGGGAGGUGCCCAGAGCAAUAUUCGUGACUAACGUUGACGCAUUCCUCAGUCUUAGUUAUAGACCAAUUCCCGGCUCUAGUUAGCAAAGUUUAUAUACUGAAACUUGAUUAUUGCUUCCCAGCAGAACUCCCUCCUCAGUGACAUUUCAGCAGUUUCCCUCUUGGUCCUAGUUUUGUGCACAUUUUUAUCUGCUUCAGAUUAAUUAUAUUUCUCUCACUUUCUUAGCUGGUCCUAUUUUUUCACGUUCUGGCAUCUGGCUAUCAAGUUAGAUUGCGGUAGGCAUCAUAUUGUCAUGGUAACUACUCAACCCAAUGAUGCAGAUGGAUGGAACAUCAGUGUAAUCAACGAUGGGCAGUGUUUCCUAAAAACCCACCCCUUCCAUAAGAGAGGCGAAUGAGUGCCUGAUAGCGUUAAUACUGCCCCUCCUACCACAGGCCUUUGCAAAGGGAUGUUGGGGGGGUCCCUGGAGCCAGAGGGAGGAGGGGACAUCUUGGAAAUUUCCGGUUCUCUUUUCAAACCCAAAAUAGGGAUGACUCUUGCUGUUUGUCAGAUUUGCUGAAAAUUGCGCCUCACAAAGAAGGUUUUCUCUGUGUGUAAUUGUACAUACAGGUUUUGUACUCUAAUGUACUAGAGUCUGAUGUUGAUGGCGAUUAAACCAGAUAAUUUUA